ACUUGUAUUCUUGUAGAACAUACGCAGAGGUUGACGACGAUGAUAACAGUAGGAUUUAUUCAACCCAAUUCUCUCUUCUCCUUCUCAACUAAAUCCAUCGACAAGACACAACCUUCACGAACGAAAUGGGUCUCUUCCUCGUCCUCUUCCUUUUCUUCUCACUCUUCCGUUGAGACAUUUCAUCGAACAGGUAAUGUGCAAGUUCUUCAGAAAGAUGUUCUCUGUGGCAACAAUGAAGAAAUUAGGAAGAAGAAUAAAAGGGUAUUCUUCUUAGACGUUAGUCCACUUUGCUACGAAGGAAACAAACCCAGUUCGCAAGCUUUUGGUCACUGGAUUUCACUCUUCUUCUCUCAAGUCAGCCUCACUGAUCCUGUCAUAGCUGUUAUCGAUGGAGAAGAAGGUAACCAACGACGCAGAGAAUUGUUGCCUUCAUAUAAAGCUCAUAGGAAAUCACCAAAUCAUGGGAGAUACUCUAAGAGGCCACAUCAGUUUGUUGAUGAAGUUCUUAGAAAAUGCAAUGUGCCAGUUGUUAGAAUAGAAGGGCAUGAAGCAGACGAUGUAGUAGCUACGCUAAUGGAACAAGCUGUGCAAAGAGGAUAUCGUGCGGUUAUUGCAUCGCCUGAUAAAGACUUUAAGCAGUUGAUCUCAGAAAAUGUUCAGAUUGUCAUUCCAUUGGCAGAUCUCAGAAGAUGGUCCUUUUAUACUUUGAAGCACUACCAUGCUCAAUAUAAUUGUGAUCCACAGUCUGAUUUGAGCUUUCGUAAGUGCCUAAAUCGACUUAUGGCUACAAACAUGUCUCUUGACGCUUGUCUUUCUGUCAACUUUCUUUGUUAAGUGUCAAAGCCAACUCAAUCCGGCUGGUUCUUGUGAUAGGAUGUAUAAUGGGUGAUGAAGUUGAUGGAGUUCCGGGGAUUCAGCACAUGGUCCCGGCGUUUGGAAGGAAAACAGCGAUGAAACUUGUGAGAAAACAUGGUUCUCUGGAGAGUUUACUAAGCGCAGCAGCUGUAAGAACCGUGGGGAGACCAUAUGCUCAAGAGGCCCUUACGAAAUACGCAGACUACUUGAGAAGAAACUAUCAAGUUCUUGCCUUGAAUAGAGAUGUGAGGGUACAGAUUCAAAAUGAAUGGCUGAUGGAGAGAGAUACAAGCAAUGAUUCAGAAGUAUUGUCAAGCUUCUUCUCAACAUUGCAUGGAUGAUACUGACAAGCUAAAGCACACUCUCGCAUUUUAGCUGAUAGCUAGUUUUUGUGAGCUUGAAAGUAAUUUUAGACAUUGUAGUUCAUAUCUGAUUUUGUUAUAUACUUCCAUAGAUAUGAAUCAAAAUGUGCAGUUUGUUACUAAAUUUGUUUAUCACUAUGGACAUGGCUGGUUAAAUCAAAAU